AGGCAGCAGCCUUCGCGCCCGGCCCCGCUUGUCUCCCUCGCGGCCGGAGAGCGAGGAAGGCAGCGGCGCCAAGCAGAGCGGCCGGGCUCCUCCGGCUUUCGGGAGGGCAAAGGAGGCGCAGGCGGCCUCUCCGAGGGCCCGCCCGGCUGUUGCGCUUCGACCACUUGUUGCUCAAGCUCCGCUGAUUGGGCUGCCGGGCGCCCCGCUCGACUCCGCUCCUCCCCGGCCGACCGGAGCGCGACCUCUCGCUCCCGGCGCUAGGCGGGGGCAAAAGGGGCGGGGCGGCCUCGCCGGCCCUAAAGCUGCCGGUUCGCGCGCCGGAGCCGCUUCGCUUGGCUUUUGUCCCGGGCAGAGAAACGGAGAGGACGGCGGGCCGCUCGCCUCUUGGUGCGCCUGUCUGCUCGCCGCUCGCGCUCAACUUUCGGCUCGCUGGGCAGCGGCCGCUCCGCCCGCCCGCAAGAGAGGCGCCGCUCGGCAGCCGGAGCGUCCGCGAAGCCGGCCCGCCUGCGCGCUUCUUCCGCCGAGAAAGUUCAUCGUCGCGACAGGCCCGGCGGAGGCAGCGUGGCAGCCGCCGCUUCUCGGCGGCCGCCUCCCCUUGGCAGCCGCCGCUCUCCUAGGCCGCGCGCUCGGGCGCUUCAGCAGGCCAGCUCCGGCUUCCGGAUCGGGGUCCCGAAAGCGGCGAGCCGCCUCUCUUGGCGCGGCACCUGCUCGGACCCGGCCUGCUCGCGGGCGCUCCGACGGCUCUGCGCCCUGCGAGGGAUGAUCGGGCGCCGCCGGUUGGUUUGAGAAAGGUGGUCGUCCCCGCUCCGUCGUGGACUCUCCCCGUGGGGCGAAGAAGCCGCCCUUGCCAGUGAAGCAGCCGCGCCACUUCAUCCCGCGCCAUGGAAGUCCACGUCGGGCUGGGCAGGGUCUACGGCCGGCCGCCGGGAAAAACUUUCCGCGGAGCUUUCCAGAGCCUUUUCCAGAGCGUCCGCGAGGCUUUCCAGAGCCCCGGGCCCGGCGGAGCGCGAGAGGAGAUCGGGCCCAGCGGCCAAAGCGCGGGCUCUCCGUCAGCUGGCCCGUGUCCGCCGGGCGCCCGCCUGCAGGAGUCCAGCCCGCGGCAGCAGCAGCAGCAGCCCGGCUCCCCUUCUUACCUGCCGCUGGAUGAGGCUGCGCCAGGCAGCAAAGGGCUCCAGCCGGCUGACCGCGCGCCCCAUCCGCCGGCCGCCGCCGCCUCCGCCUCCGCCUCCUCCUCGGCCGCCUCCUCGGCGCUGGCCUUGCUGGCUCCGUCGUUCCAGAGCUGCUCCGGGGACCUGAAAGACCUCUUGGCCGAGAGCAGCCUCCUGCCUGCGGCGGAAGGGGAGCCGCGCGGCGACGGGGCGGCGAGCGGCGGCGAAGCCAGCGCGGCCAAGGAAGACUACUUGGGCGAGAGCGCCAAGGAGCUGUGCAAAGCCGUCUCGGCCUCCAUGGGCCUGGCAGUGGAAGUGCUCGAAGGGCCCGGCGGCGGCGAAGCGGCCACCAGCCGCGGCGACUGCAUGUUCGCGCUGCCGGGCGCGCAAGUUCGGCCCGUGGCCGUGGGGGGCUGCAAGAUCGUCGAAGCCGAGCAGGAAAGCGGCGGCAGCGGCGGCGAGGGCGCGCUGGCCAUGGACGUGCCGGGCCACCUCAGCCUCUUCAAGAGCUCGCCGGAGCUGGACGAGCCGCCGCCGGGCGCCUUCCAGAGCCGCGACUAUUACAACUUCCAGCUGGCGCUCGCCUCGCACGGCCGCAUCAAGCUGGAGAGCCCGCUGGAGUACGCGGCCGGAGGCCUCUGGGGCACGCAGUACCGGCGCGCCGGGGAAAUGCCCGCCUUGCCGCCCCACUACGCCGCCCCUCCGGGCCCGGCCUGGCACCCUUUCUUCGCGGAGGACGCGCAAGUCUACGGCCCGUGCGCCUCGGCCGAGCCCGCCGCCGCGACCCCUUUCGGCUACGGCCGGGGCCAAGGGCCGCCCGGCCAGGAAGGAGCCGACCUGCCCUCCGAGGUGUGGUACCCCGGAGGCGUGAUGGGCAGGAUGCCUUUCGCUCCGGCCACCGGCUGCAUCAAGACGGAGCUCGGGCCUUGGAUGGAGGGCUACGCGGGCGCCUACGGAGACGUGAGGCUGGAAUCUGGAAGGGACCAUGUUCUGCCUAUUGACUAUUAUUUCCCACCACAGAAGACAUGCCUGAUAUGUGGGGACGAAGCGUCAGGAUGCCACUACGGAGCACUGACCUGUGGAAGCUGCAAAGUCUUUUUCAAAAGGGCAGCUGAAGGUAAACAAAAGUAUCUCUGUGCCAGCCGAAAUGACUGCACCAUUGAUAAAUUCCGAAGGAAAAACUGUCCCUCCUGUCGCCUGAGAAAAUGCUACGAAGCAGGGAUGACCCUUGGAGCCCGCAAGUUAAAGAAAUUGGGUAACCUGAAGAUGCAAGAAGAAGGGGAGACAGCAGGGCCAUCGAGCCCCACUGAGGAUCAAGCCACGAAAAUGCCCAUAGCACACCUUGAUGGCCUGGAAUGCCAGCCUAUCUUCCUCAAUGUCCUGGAAGCGAUUGAGCCUGGCGUGGUUUGCGCAGGGCAUGACAAUAACCAGCCCGACUCCUUUGGCUCCCUUCUGACCAGUUUGAAUGAACUUGGAGAGAGGCACCUGGUACAUGUGGUGAAAUGGGCAAAAGCCUUACCAGGGUUCCGCAACCUGCAUGUAGAUGACCAGAUGGCCAUCAUUCAGUACUCCUGGAUGGGCUUGAUGAUUUUUGCCAUGGGAUGGAGGUCCUUCACCAAUGUGAAUUCCCGGAUGCUUUAUUUUGCUCCAGAUUUGGUCUUCAAUGAGUACCGGAUGCACAAAUCCAGAAUGUACAGCCAAUGUGUCAGGAUGCGGCAUCUCUCUCAAGAAUUUGGAUGGCUUCAGAUUACUCCUCAAGAAUUUCUCUGCAUGAAGGCUCUGCUCCUCUUCAGUAUUAUUCCAGUGGAUGGCCUGAAGAAUCAGAAAUUCUUUGAUGAGCUCCGGAUGAACUACAUCAAGGAGCUUGACCGGAUCAUCGCUUGCAAAAGGAAGAACCCCACGUCUUGUUCGCGUCGCUUCUAUCAGCUCACAAAGCUCCUGGACUCUGUGCAGCCAAUUGCCAGAGAACUGCAUCAGUUUACAUUUGACCUCUUGGUGAAGUCACACAUGGUGAGCGUCGACUACCCUGAAAUGAUGGCUGAGAUCAUCUCGGUGCAGGUUCCCAAGAUCCUUUCUGGAAAAGUGAAACCCAUCUACUUCCACGCCCAGUGAUGGCGAGCAGUGGACGGCCUCCUUUCCUCGGGUCCCUGGACUCCUGCGCUGCAGUGCCUUGGCACACUGUGUGUCCUCAAAGGUGCACAGUAACCACAAAGAACUCUUUGCUGGGCCCCCUUUCAGGUUUCUGUUUUCUGCUUUUCCCUGAACUGCCUUCACCUUGAGAGAUCUGUCUGGACAUUUGCUGGCUUCAGUGGCUCACUGUGUGCGUGAACUUCCUCUUUCGGUUUUGUGGCGUGGUGCCUGGUGGCCCUGUUUACAUUCUUGUGCUUGUGCAUUCCCCACCGUGGCUUUGGUGGCCCUCUGCACCAAGGGAAAGGUCGGUUCAAAAACGUCCAUAGCCGCUUUUCUGGUGGUUCUUCCUGCUGCUGUUUAUUUUCUAACCAGUGGAAGCAGGUCAUUAAAUGCUGGGGGAUAAGGGAAGACUUUCAAGCUGGAUUGGGGGGGGUGUAUUUUGGGUUUGUUUUAGCAGUUCUUGCAGCCUCUUUUUCCUCUCUCUGAGGAAGGGUCUGAAGGGUCCCUGGAAACAACGAGUGAUGUAAACCCCAAAGCAGACAAAGAGAACAUAGUUGAUACACACGAUCUGUGCGCCUGCUAGACUUUGGUUUCAGACAGGGCUUCAUUUACACAUACAAUCAGGCUCAAGACACCUAUCCUUGGUCCAACUAUGCACACAGAAUAACAGGGUUGAAAGGGACCGUGGAGGUCUUCUAGUCCAACCCCCUGCUUGAGCAGGAGACCACAGACAGCCAUUGUGUUCCCAGCACUCAGACCUUCGGCUUCAUUUUCUCUCUCGGGCAGACCUGAGGAGCCGGGUGUCGCCUGUGGCAGUGGGUGUGGUAGAAGACCACUCUGAAGACACUGGCAGCCACGGCUCCCUGACACAUGCAGUGGUCCUUGUGAGGAAUAAGAAGGGCUGGAAGUUUUCCCAACGCCCAGAAACGGUGGGGCUUUUUUGUAGCUAGUACUACUUCAUCUUUCUUCUUCUGUGGACCAUGAGCCAGAAGUAAAAACAUUUGCCCAGUGAAUGUGAACACAUUCCAGUUGUGAGCUUUUUUAUCUUUUCAUGAACACUCUCCCUCCCUCCCUCCCUCCCUCCCUCCCUUUAAUUCUCAGUUGUGUUCUUUUCCCCUUCCAGCGCUCUCCCAGUCUCUGUUAGCCUCACCUGAGCUCUGCCUCUCGUUGCAUGCCAUUCAUUUCACUUCCUUGGAUCACUUGCUUUUUGAUGUAUGGCAGGGAACCAUCUAAGAAAUCAUACAACUCGGAGACCCUUCCUGGGAACGUCUGUCAACAUCGUCCUAGGCCAGCCCAGGACAAUUUCUUCCAAACUUCACUUGGGUUCAUGAUGGGUUAAACUGCAAGAAAACAACGGUGGAGCCUUUUUUUCCUUUCUGCAAUUUCUGUUGAACAAUAGCAGAACUGCAUUAUCUUAUCAAAGGAGAUAAGGAAACCAUCCUCCCAAAAUUAUACCUCUUUUUUUAUUGGAAACAAAGUCCCUUUUUUCUAACCCAGCUGCACCAUGGUAUCACUUACCAGGAAAUCCCAUGAGCUGGUAGCCAAAAAUUCAGAGAAGCCAUGUGGGUGAAUUAGGGUUUUUUUUUUGUUUGUUUUGCUUUUCAGGGAAAAAAAUACACAUGGGAAAAAAAAUUCAAAACACGCCCUGGGAUACCAUAAGUGAGCGUAUGAAAAGCCCAUGGUUGCAAUGAGAACAUUAUCUUGAUUGAUGUUCCUGUUAGGUACCACUUUUUAGCACAAGGUGACAUCUACUGAGAAUAACAAAGAUGAAAUUAGGAUCAAACAUCUGGAGAACUGCCUGGCCCUCCUGAGGCCCGGCUUGAUUCUUCAUCUGCUGUGAUUCCAAGGUGCCUUGCUGGGAGUUUAAAACUUGCCCACCUUGGGUCAUUUUGAUCUGAUGCUUAAGAUCAUUAAUUACCUGGCCUUCGUUGUAUCUUUGAUGGAUCCUGCACACUCCAAGCUUCAGCUAAAGGACAAACAAGGUUACAUUUCUAACAAUGCAGAGUUAAAAUAACCAACGUUCGGUUUCAUCUCUGCAGAAACAAGAACAAUAAAACAUCAAUACACUGAAUUAGCUUUUGUUUUUGAGUGAUGCUGUCCCUUGCAUUGCUAAAAUAAAUAUAUUUUGGCUGCUUUUUAAUUUUUGGAUCUAACAACAAUAAUUAGACGGAACCAAAUAGAAACUUAUUCCUAUUUUCUGUACUGGGGUUCCCUGUCCUCUCAUUCUCAGAGCAACAGUGACAAUGCUAUGGAUGUUCGGGCUUUCCUGGACCUUGUUCCUGCUAUCUCAAGAGAUUUUUUUGAAAAGCUCUUUUUUAAGACAGGAAUCUACAUUUUGGGUGCUUGAUUUGAAAACCUCCGCCUCCCACAUACAUCAAUCUAGAUGAAUUGCACCCUUAACCAUCUUUCCCUGCAGACUCAAUAUAAUUUCAUUAUUCGUUUUAGAACUAUUGCCUCAGACGCCCCUAUAAGGCCAUCAAACGCUGAAAGCACUUCUGUAGUUGAUGAGCCCAAAUGGCUCAGAUCAGUGUGUUGAUUCAACUUCCCUCCACUGCAUUGUACUUGUGAUGUGCCUUCCACAGAGCUGGCUGUGGGGAACCGUGUCCGUGGCAUUCCAGCGUGCAUGUAUGCUGUACUUGGUUUCAGGGUAUUUUUCUCCCAUACUCAAAUCUUUUGAAAAUCUUGAAAUUCAAGGGCAACAUGCAUCCUUCAUGCUAAGCUAUUGCAAAAGGGCAAAGUUCCUCCUCUGACAUCUUCAAGAUCCACGCGCAACCAAAGUGCCACCUCUGGUAGACCUCUGCAAUCUAGCAUGGCUGCUUCAUGUUUUUGAUACCACAGUGAACUUGCUAGAUCUUGAAGUACCCCAGGAUGACUCAUUUACGGUAGCUGUAACCUGUCAUCCAGCAGCUUGAUUUCUCAUCUGUCUCUUCAGUGUCAAGCAAUCUUCCGAUGUGCAUCAGGUCCAGGAGAAGCUUCAUCUUCUGACGAUUUCUGGAAGAUCCUUUCAAAUCCUUUUUAAUGAAUGUCAUGUAAAUAUUGGAGAAUGGAUUAGUGGUGGCCGGGAGUUAAAUAUUUACUUUCUUCAGUUUAUUUACUGUGGACUACUGCUGCAGCAGUACAAGGGAAUUGAGGUGGGUGGGGUGGAAGCUUAUGAAUUAUGAAAAGCAUUUACAAAAUCAUAGUCAUCAGUCCAUAUUUUUAGUACUGUGCAUUUUAUGCAUCAAAAUUAUUACACAUUUUUAAAAGUGUACUUAGGCUUGAGUACAUUCUAUUCUGCCACUUGAAAAUUGCCUUUUGUGAUAUGAGAAGUUACUUGCCAGACCCCAAUCACUCUGAAAAUGCACAGGGUUGUAAAAGGACUGACAAAGGUGGGUGGGGGGUGGAUGAAUGACGGCCUUUCCGUUGCUGCUGCCUCCUCCUGCUCCUUCGCCCCAGAAGGGGUCCCCCCGGGGCACGCUUGGUCUUGUUCGUUUGUCAGUUGGGAAGGAGAAGGAAGGCCGUGAAUUGAAGGAAAGGGGCAUUCCCAUUGCACAAAGAAGGGACUUGCGCAUUUGACCCUAGACAACAUCACAAUUCUGAUGACAAUGGCUGUGCAUCACAGAUUUGGGGUUUCUUGUACUUUAUUUUUGAUGUGAGAUGUAUAUGCUUAAGAAUCUUAAGAUUUUCUAUAGUUAAAGAUGCCUAAAUCUAUGUUUUCCCCUUUUCUUUGGGAAAACGUUUUUCCAAUCCUGUCCCUUAAUUUUACUGGAACUCUGAGUUCUUUUUUGUCUGAAGCACUUUGUAAAAGCUUAAGCUGCUUCUGUGUUCACAUAUUGCAAUGUUGACCGAAAGAAUGUGUUUGUAGUAUUAGUACCAAAGAAUGUUAUUUAAAGUGGGAAAAACAGAUUUCUGACUUAGUUGGACAAGUCACCUUCUUGUUCUGGAGCACAUGGAGCCUUCUCUGCACCCUGGUCAGCAUUUUCUGCCCCGCUGCUGAGAUGGAGGACCUGUGGGGUUAGCCAAGGCAGAAAAGCAUGGAAAUCUGAUGGUACGAAUGGAUUUCCUGGCCUGCUGAGCAGAGCAGAGCAGAGCAGCCAGAGCGGAGAGUGUCUCUCUUGUGGGGAAUAGCCCGUUGGUUGCAUUAUUUGCACUGGGGGCAGCUGGCCCUCCUUUGCUCCCGUUUGAUCACACUAAAGGUUUUUGAUACUCACGGCUCCUCAGAGAGUGGAGGAGAACUCUUUUGCCAGGGAAUGUUUUUACAGCACAGCCUCCACCUGGGCUGCGGCUGAGGACGGGAAGGCUGAAGGGGCUGUGGUUCUUCUGCUUCCUGACCUGUGCCUGUGAGGAUACUGCAAACCACUGGUGGAGGGAGGAGGGUCGGGCUGCGGCCAGAGGAGGACCUGAGCUUUGUCCCUCUUGCUGGAAAGGAGCCCUUUGCCAGAGAAGGAUGCCCAGGAGAAGGACAUUCAGAGGUCAGGACAGAGUUAAGCGCACGUCCUUCUUCUGUGUGAGAUGGCUUUCAUUCUUAGGUGAAGUUGACAGUUUUCACAUUGAAUGUGCAGAAAGCAGAGGGGCUCAAGGCCCCAGGCUCUUGUCCUUGUUGGAGAGCCGGGUGGGGUGGGCAGAAUGGAUAGACAUUUCUUUCUUAUAUAUAUAGCAUAGCUGGAGCCAGAAAUAAUUCUGCAAAAGUUGUGGCACUUUUUUAAAAAGUUACAUUUGUUAAUCUGCUUGUAUAUUUUUUAAUUCAAUCUUUGCAUACAUAGAUUAUUGUUAGAUGAGAUCACCCAAAUGACUGUGCACUAGAAUUGUGAGGGGGUGGGAGCUAGAUGGACUUGUACAGGUUUCUAUGGUCUUAAUGCAGUCAAAUAAGCUUGUGAUGCUAUAAAAUAUCAAUACCAGCCAAACAGCUGAAAUAUUGUCCUCAGAACAGAAAUAUUGUCCUCAGAACAGCUACCCACCCAGCAGUGGCGGAUUAAGGCUCACUGGUGCCCUAAGCACUGAGAAACUUGGUGCCACCCUCCUUUCAAUGAAGAACCAAUCUUCAUUGGGGGGGGUUUCUUUCUUAACUUUCUGGUGCCCCCUUUGGGCCUGGUGCCCUAAGCAGGUGCUUAGUCUGUUUAAUAGUCAAUACCCCACUGCCACCCAGCUCUCCAGGGCGCAGAACUGCCUGUCAAAUGCAUCAAACAGCAGUAGAUUAAGAAUGAUUUAAUUAGGCAAAGAAUUCAUUGAAAGAAUAUGAAAUGGAUAGAUGGAUUCUUUGUUAUGGUCAAUGAUCAUAAAAUCAUUGCAUACAUAAAGCUAAUGAUGAUUGAUUGAUCGAUUGGGUGGAUGGAUGGGUGAGCAGAUCAGUCUAACUGCUGUACAUUUUGCAUAUUACAUGACAAAAUGUGGCCAUACUUAAAGAGAAUAAUGGCAUUAUAUCCAGGAAGUGGUCUUCAAUUAAUGGUGCCAAAGCAGAUAGAACCAGCCAUUUAUUUACCAGCCAUUUUUUUACUGACACUGAUAGAAGAAAUUGUAAUUGACUUUAUUAAUGUCAGACUUAGACACACAAGUGUAAUUCAGUGUCAGACACUUCAAUGGAGAUGCUGGGCACAACCACAGAAGCAGCUGCAGCCAUAGGUCCUGGGAUGACUGACAUGAGGCCAGGGCAAGCAAUCCGUCCCAGUUGCAGAGGCUAAAACCUGAGAGUUCGUGUACACCCAGCCUCAAGAGACAGAACUGAACUGGGAACUGUUAAAGAGAGGAUGUUACAAGACAAAACAUAAGCCUUUUGUUUCUGACUUCAUUAGUAUGUGGUGUGUUUAAUAGAAGGUGACAGUUGUCAUUUGACAGAGGGCAAAUUUCAUGCUGUAAACCAGUUCUGAUCUUUGUAACCUUGGAUUCUGUUGUUCCUCCAAAUACAGUUUUAAAAAGCAAACCUUGAUUGUCUGAAUCCAUGUGUACAAUUCCUUUCUUGGCUACCUAUGGAGAGUGGCUUCUACUUUUUGAAACAGUGUCUUGGUUAUUCUAGACCAGCGGUCCCCAACCUUUCUGGCUCCAUGGAUCUGGGGUGGUGGUGGGAGGGGAUGGUUUGGUGCACGCAACCUAAAUCCCACACAUGCACAAAUGAAGCUUCACACGCCCGUCCACCACUUCCACAGCCCAGUUCCCAACGGGCCGUGGACCUGGGGGUUGGGGACUCCUGACCUAGACAAAACGAGUGUGAGAGAAACUUAUGCAGAGGAAGCAUUUCAAGAGCAUUUUCAAGGUGUUUAUCAACAGACGAUGCUGUUAUGGGAAAUCAGGCUUACUGAAGAGAAAACAAAUAAUUCGCUUACAUAGAUUAUUUAAGAAUAUGGAUCUGGGUGACAAAAUCUUUUCUUAUCCCUUCCAGCUGGACCUAAAUAUGUUUAACUUUUCUGCAUGGUUCUUUUCUUUUUCAAGGUGACAGGGAAUAUAUUUAGAUUCUGAAUGAUAACUUAUAUCUUCCUAAGGACAAAAGUGGCCACCAACUUUCCUGCGGUAAUUGCGCUGAAACGACUCAUUUGCAAUAAGUGUAAAGAAGAGAAAAUGGCAAAGCCAAGGCUUGUCUCGCCUGGAAGGGACAUUUGCUGCCUGAUCUGCUGAUUCUGGGUCCUCAUCUGAGGAGCCGUUCAGGAGCAUUUCUUAAAGUGUCAGCAAAGCUGAGCUGAUCGUUCAGGGGUUUUCAUCCUUGAUUUUGUGUAUUUCUGUAGAGAUGUAGCAGUGGUGAAAUCCUACCGGUUUGGACCAGUUCAAGAAAACCGCUAGGGAUUAUGGGCAAUCAGUUCGCCAAAUCAAUAGUAAUUACCCCUCCUUGGCCCCACCCACGCCUGGCCAGUCGCCGGUCACCUCUUCCGGCUGCUCGAUAUUCCACAGAAUUCAAAGUUAAAUGUAAGAGAGAAUGCUAACUUUUCUCCCUCCAUUCAGAACGGAGCCCCUGCAGCCUGUCCCUUUAAGAUAGUCCCAGGUGGGAGGGGGCUAGGAGGGAACCAUAAAGGGAGCAGCAGCUCCAUUCUGAAUGGAGGGAGAAUUGUUAGCAUUCUCUCUGCCACAGAAUUCAAUGUUAAAUGCAGCAGAGAGAAUGCUAACUUUUCUCCCUCUAUUCACAAUGGAGCUGCUACAGCCUGUCCCUUUUAAGGUAGUCCCCAGGAGGGAGGGGGAGGGGAGAGCAGCUAGAAUGGAGCCGUUUUUGUGAAAGGCAGGAAACUGGGGAAGGGGAUUUUCUUGCCUGUCAUCCAUUCCUCAAUCUCAACACAGGCUGAGGGAAGGAUGGUAGGCAGGAAUAUUCCCCUCCCCAUUUUCCUGCCAUUCGCGACAAGGAGUGGCUGGAAGGGGAGGGGCCAGUGAGGAGCCCCUCGAUGUGAGUGAUGUCAAGUUGGCCACGCCCACCCAGUCACAUGACCUCCCCCAACAAGCCACGCCCACAAAACCGGUAGGGGAAAUUUUUUAAUUUCACCCCUGAGAUGUUGUGAUCUUUUAUAUAUAAUGCAAAUCCACCUCCUCUUUUGUUAGGUCUGUUUCUUUUGAAUAAUUUGUAUCCUUCCAUCAGUACAUUAUAGUCAUGAGUUUUGUCCCACCAAGUUUCAGUAAUGGCAACUAUAUCAUAUACUUCAUGUUCUAAUGCUUCAAGUUCACCAUGUUUGUUCCCUAAACUUUGAGUGUUAGUAUAUAGGCAUUUGAGUCCUUUAUGGAUCUUGGGGUAGGGGAGGAAACCCAGGAAUUGACUCAAGUGUCAUUCUUGACUCUUCCUUAUUUACUUGCUUCUUUGAAACAAAUGCUAAAUUCUUCUGACACUUCUGUCCAAUAAGAAAUCUUGUGAGUUUGCACAGAUAUUUCUCUGUGAGAGAUUUUGUCUGAACAAGGUAGAAGAGGCUUCUGCUGUAAUCAUGCACUCAGUGCCAAGUUCGAACUGCGCUUUUGCUGUUGCAAUUAUUAUCACUUCUCAUCUUGCCAGAGAACCAGGGGGGAGGGAAGGGGGAGAUGGAAUGUAGGCUCCAGACAUCAAGAAGACAAAACGUGAGAACCAAGGCUACUUUGGCAGACGUUUGUCAAAACCAAAGACUUUUUCUCAUAACAAUACAAUGACAUUCAAUUGGACAAUAUGACCAGCAUUAAUAGCGGGAGGGAGAAGCCUAUACUUUAAUUAUGUGGGUUUGCAUGGUAAUUAGCUAGAUCUGGUUUUGCCCUCAUCAGUGUUGAAAUGAUGUACUCAAUAAAAUGUUUUGCAGUCAGGGA